AUGGGUGGCGGAGACUUGAAUAUGAAAAAGUCAUGGCACCCCGUGCUCUUGGUCAAUCAAGAGCGCGUGUGGAAGGCCGAGAAAGCAGCGAACGAGGAGAAGAAAAAGCUUGCUCAGCUCAGGAAGGAACAGGAAGAAGAGAGGCAACUUGCUGAACUCCAACGGCUGCAAGAACAAGCGACUGGAAAGAAGAGGGUCGAAAAACUUGACUGGCUGUAUGCCGCUCCGUCCAAUGAGGGCGGAGCGUUGGGCAAUGCGAAGAUCAGUCAGAGCCAGAUGGAGGAUUAUCUCUUGGGAAAGAGGAGGGUCGAUGAAGCCCUAGCAGGGCAGGAUAAGAACGUCGGCAACAUGGACAAGGAAUUCAUUGCGGUUCAAAAUGCCAACUCUGCUCGAGAUACCGCUGCGAAGAUUCGAGAAGACCCUCUGUUGGCUAUCAAAAGACAAGAAGAAGCUGCUCUCAAGGCGCUUCGUAAUCGUCCUGACAUUCGGAGACAGCUCAAAGCCGCUGCAGCGAAGGAACAAGGUGAAAGUAAGGAAGAGCGUCGAGCGAGGCGGAAAGCUGAAAAGGAAGAGAGGAGGCAAGAGAGGCAUGAACGAAGGAGGCGAAGAGGUCAUCACGAUCACGAGGAUGACUCGCCGAGGUCAGACUACAGUGACGAGAGGAGCGGCGAUAGGGCCGGUAGGAGGAGAAGGGAAGAUCGGUAUCGGGACAGAGAUUAUUCCCCUAGCCCACGGAGAUACAGUGAUCGUCGAGAUCGAGAUGAGGAACCACCACGACGGGGGGAUCGGUACCGUGACGAGGAGAGAUACAGGGAACGGGGACGAUCGCGAUCUCGAUCGCCAAGGAGAUAUCGCGAUGAGUACGAUUCUCCACCUCGACGACGUGACCGGGAGGAACCAAACAGAAGCAGGUCAGAUCGACGCGUCGUGGACGAGGAGGAACUGCAAAAUGGCGGUGGAUCGCGGGUCAACGGUCACUCGAAUGGUCAUGGAGACCAGCGCUCGCAUGGAUUUGAAGAUGGACGAAUCAACGGUCACUCGAAUGGGCACGAUAACAGUCACUCGAACGGACAAACCAACGGUCAUUCUCGCCGGACUCACUCCUCUCGUCCCUCAGCUCUCGACAUGGCAGAUCGACCGACCUCAUCCCGUCCUCUGGUCCCAUAUAAUGGCUCAGCACACUCUCAAUCGCUCGAUGAGAUGCGCGCAGCUAGACUGGCUGCCAUGACGGCAUCAGCUACGGAUCUGCAAUCGUCUCGGGAUAAAUCCCUCGCCAUGCGUGCUGAGCAAGAUCGCAAAGAGGCUGAGAAGGAUGAACGUUUGCGAGUGAAAUAUGGACAGGACGUUGCCAAUGCUGGUUUCUUUAAAGCUCAAGGCGAGAUGGGCCUCGGAGAGAGUUUGCAACGACGCGGAGGCAAGGGAUUGCAACGAGAGAGGGAUUUCUGA